AAUAUGUAACACAUGUUGAACGCUUCGUUACAUUCUCUAAUUAGCCGUUCCUCACGAAAUUACGAAAAACGCUCAUUUUAGCGACCGUCCUAUAUUUAGCACAACCUUGGCAUUGAGAUUAAAAUACAUGUAACGACGCUUAUGACAUGUCCUUUUUAUAGGAAAAUCGAUUUAGAUAUAAAAAUAACUUAUUUAGGAUCGGUGGGAAAAACCGUGCACAAUAGCACCAAUACAAUAGAGCGUUUUCUUAAAGCCACGCCUUGCAUUGUGAACGCCCAGAGAAGAAAGAAAAAUUUCUCGACCGAUUGUAUUGACUUUUUAAACGCCCAACACACCCACUGGGUCUCAUUGUGUGCACGUCGACAAUACCUCGGAACCACUGUGCGCCGGACUAAGACGAUCGUAGGGCGGAGUCUAGAGAGAGAACGCGGCGCACCUAUUUGAUAAAUAAUGGGGGGGAGUGGGACAGCGCGCGCCGCUCGGUCACACUGCGCUAGAAAAGGAUGGGCGUCCGCUUUGUAUAGAUUCUUGUGUUAUUCCGCAUAGACAAUUGAUUAUUUUGCAAUUUCUAAAUAAAACCUCAUCCAAUUUUAUUAUAGAACCGUCCUAAAUACUACAAUACAGCAGUCCCUAGUACUAAAAAGGUAGAUUUUAUUAAAGUAGUGUAACUUAAUGGUGUGUAAGCGAGGUAUUGUUCGUAGGGCACUGACAUUAGGUAGGUGCGUCCUUGUCGCACUCGCGGGGCGGGGGGCAGGCAUUGUAGCGCGCGCGUAUUGUCGCUUCGAUCUGCCUCAUUGUGUGGCGGCGCGUCGCAUCGAGCAGACGUACGUCGCGUUUUCGAAUUUCGAACCGCGUUCGAUCGUGUACGAGUUUGAGCGUUCGUUUUUUUUGUGUUGUGUUUUUAAAGUUUUGAACUGUGUUAUAAUGCCAAAGAGUGAGACUGUUUAAACGUGUUUUUUUCUGUUGAAUGCUGGCCGGUUUUCUCUGAUGUCUCGAAAACAGAAAGGAACAAUGGUAACACUGUUGAAGAAACAUGUCAUCUAAACGAAAGUCACCUCCGUCGAAAUUGCAAGAAGGUGCUGCCGACACGGACAAGCCCGAAGCCGGCCCGGCUCCCCUGGACUUUCCGGAUACCCAGGAGGACGACCAGACCUACUACAAGUUCUCCCCAAGUUCUUCCAUCAGAAGUUCCAUCAGUGAGGAGGAUCAGUUCGAAGAAGAAAGACCGAGCAAGAAACAAAGAUUCGAGCAAAGCUUAGAAAUGACAAAUAAUCUUCUAGUCCCCUCCUCUUUUUUAAGUCUUCAUCAAGUCAAUGAUCUUCAAGCUAGACGCCGCGGUUCCUCCGAAUGUAGCAGUCCUGGGGCUGAAGCUAAAUUGGGUCUUUGCAAUAAUAACAAUUCAUUGCUUAAUCACAAUAGCGCGCUGUCGCUCGGGAACCCGCAUAAGCGGUCGAUGGAUGACGUGCUGAAGAGGUUAACGUCUAAAAUGAACAAUAGUACGAUUAAAGAGGAGAAGAGGCCUACGCCGUCAACUACGCCUGUUAAGCAGAACAACGACAGACGAGGAGUACUAGACGCCGCAGCAAUCCAAGCGCUGGCUGGCGAAAGUGUGCUGGAGAAAGAAAGACAGUUGUCCGAGAUGAUUCUACAGCUGCAGAUGGUGCGAGAGCAGCUGUUAGCACAGCAGGAGCAUGCUAAGAAUAUCGGCAACGUGACAGCAGAGUUGGAGUUCCAAAGACUGCAGCAGGAGCAACUGAGGAGACAGGAGCUGGUACGGCGCGGGCAGCAUGGACUGUACCCUGGACCGCCGCUGUCUCUACUGCCGAUGUUGGAACAGAUGAGGGCUCAACAGCCCAACGUGGGUUCCCCAUGGCCGGCGACCGCGCAGCUAGCACAACUGACCGCCAGCGCGCGCUCCCCGCCGCCAGACCCCGACGCGCCCCUCAACCUCAGCAAGCAGCGCUCCCCGUCGCCGGCGCCGAUGAUGCUGCCCCGCUUCGUGCCGUACCCACCUGUGCCGGACUCCCCCCAGUACAGCAUGCAGAAGGACGACGAUUACAACGCGCAGUGUAACACGUCCUCUUGGGGCCAAUCACCCGCCGAAGACACCGAGAAAGCCAAGCUCGUCCGCCAACCGAAGCGCGACGAGGCAGGCAAGCCCCACAUCAAGCGGCCCAUGAACGCCUUCAUGGUUUGGGCCAAGGACGAACGCCGGAAGAUCCUCAAAGCCUGCCCGGAUAUGCAUAAUUCUAACAUAUCGAAGAUAUUAGGGGCGCGGUGGAAGUCCAUGUCGAACGCUGAGAAACAACCGUACUAUGAGGAGCAGUCGAGGCUGUCAAAGCAGCAUAUGGAGAAGCACCCUGAUUAUAGGUACCGACCGCGACCCAAGCGGACUUGCAUAGUCGACGGCAAGAAGAUGCGGAUAUCGGAAUACAAGAACCUGAUGCGCACGCGGCGCCAAGAGAUGCGGCAGCUGUGGUGCCGGGAGGGGGGCAGCGAGCUGGGCUUCCUCCCCUCGCUGUCGUCCCCAGGGCCUUCGAACUCCUCCCCCCCUCCCAACGGAGGUAACUACAUGAACCCCGGUUUCUCUCCCCCGCUGUCGCCGCGCGAGGACGACUGAGGGCCGGCGCGCGGCUGGCCGUACCCGCACGCCGCGCCCCUCGCCCUGCCCCCCUCUCACCACCCCUGGUAACUUCUAGAAAAGAAGAAAAUUUUAUGGAACAUUUUUUUGUGCUACUCGCCUGUAAAGUACGGCGAUAUCGAUGCCAGUGUCACAAUUGGAUCUCUCUCGUUUAUACAAAAUGUCUAUAAUUAUGAGAUUAUUCCAUUAGUGAAAUAAGCGUUAGGACCCUUUAGGGGUUAUUUGGAAUAUUUGGCGAUUAUGCAAAAUUGUGCCAAACGUUUAACCAACAAUUAGGGAAUUAGAUAAAAAAAGUGUAUAUAACUUCAAUAUUUAAAAGAUCAGUCCUGAGCUCAGGAAAAUGUACAUACAUCUUUGUAGAUAUUUAACGUUUUGGCUUAUGUAGCGUAAGUUUCAGAGAUUAUAACUAUAGAAGUACCUUUUAACUGUUUUAGACUUGGAAACGUGUUCCAAGGAUUGUAUGUAUUUAGACGCUUUAGACUUAAAAUCGAGAAUAUAUCAAACCAAAAAUUCGAAGCGUAUGCUUGAAAAUUGUAGUGUUUUGAACACAGAACUGUUUUGAAUCCAGUGAGAUCUGUUAAAGCAUAAUGAUUGUAAUAAAAUAAUAAUCUUAAUACUCAUAGUUUUAGUAGAAAUCGCUACUAUUGUAAGAUACAGGUUAUUUGGUAUUUGUAAGAAUAGUGAAAAUUGUUUUUCAUUUUCUGAGGAUUUUUUUGAAUCUUUAUAAAAGAUUGUUUUUGAACCAGUGUGCAUAAAGCUUUACAUUGUCAAUUCAAUAAUUGUCAAUUGUUUUUAUACAAACCGGUGUUUAUUUCAACGCGAUUAUUUGUCGCCAAGCAGGUUUGGCUCUCUAAAUCUAGUAUUAUUUGGAGUUACAAUUUUACAUAUUCUAAUUUUACCAAUUCUGAUAUGAAAUCUUAUUGUAACCUGUAAAAUUGUAAACUUAUACAGUUUUGACGUAGUUACAUAAAAGAGCCAAUCCAUAUAGACCAAUAAUAGAAAUCAUGAUUUUGUAGCGCAGACAAUAGCGCCAUCUGGACGCUACGCUACGCGCCUCAGCUGUCAAAAUAAUUCAUAAAAAAAUAUAGAAUUAGAAGUUAUCUAUGGCGACUUCGUGCGUAUGAUUAUCUAGUCUGUGGUUUUAGCAAAUGAGUACCAAUUUCGAAUUUUUUAAAUGGAUUGGUUUUUUUACACGUAAUUAUGUCCAAAUUCGGUAAAAUUGGCACGAGUGUAGACGCGGUAUUAUCCCCACCGACAUGUGGGUUAUUAUUAAAAUAAAAUAAAAAUGUUCGCUUUAUCAAAUCGUGCAAUUUACAUUAGUAGGAAAUAGUCUAAGCUGUAUGUACAAGCAUAAUAAAUAAAAUGUGUCAUUGCUUAGAAAACGGUACUUUGGAGAGGUUGGCCCAGAGCCAAGCGCCCAUUGGUUAAUUUUCCCAUGAAACGACACAAUUUAGCGUUUAUAAUAAGUACAGAAUACAAUGUUGUAUAGAUAUUUAGAGUUAGUUAAACCGUGGUUGUUUAACGUUAAUUGCCAUUUAUAAUUUUUGUUAUUUAUUUUUCUUAAAAGUUUUCGUUUCCCUUUUUUUUAAUUUGUAACGCUGUAUGCCAGUAAUCGAGAACGUAGACUAGAGUAAGAGUAAAUUAAAAAAAUGUGUACGUGGAUUAAUGUUUAUGGAUUAAGUAGUGUGUAUUAUUCUUAGUAAAUGUGUAAGGGUUUAGACAGUGCCGUUAAAUUAUUUAUUUUUAUGUUGAAUACAUGUAAAUACGCGAUAUUUGAUGGUAAACGUUAGUAAUGUGGUUGUUUUAUUAUUGAUACUUAAUAUUUCACUUCUGGACGUGUCCAUUUUCUUUUCAUUCCAUUCUUUUUUGCACAGAAAUCAAUGAUCCUCUUGGGUAGAAAAAGCAAAAUCGAUGUUAUGUAAAAAUGUAAAUUGUAUUUGGGUAGGUAAAUCAACUUUUUCUUGUCACUCGCUCCCAUGCUUAUGUUCUCCUGGGCCACUCUUAAUAUCUUGCUUUAUGGUAAUUAGUUGAGCAUGUAUGUCCGUGGUACAACAUUUGGACGUAAUUUAGCGAAAAGGAUCCAAUCCACAAAAAUCUGUCAGUGAAUUUGAACUUUAUGUCAAAAUGAAGUCAAUUUUAGUGCCCGAAAAUAGACAUCUAUGCUCACUGAAACAUGUCGAGCUUAUAUUAGGUGCUCACGACAUUUUAAAUUCGAAAAGAAAAAUUUUAAUGACAAAUUUAAGAUGGAUCCUUUUCGUCAAACUACAUACCUACGUCCAUUCUUACAAACUUUGCUACUAUUGUCCCGUGGCUGAUGGGACCGAAUAAAACAAGAAAUAGUUGGUCCACUCAUUUGUGCCAUUUUCAACCAAAAGGGUACUUAUUGUCGCUUGUCAGUAAGGCGCUGUUUCCAUAUAGCUUCAAUUAGAGAUCAACCUUAUCGACAACCGAAAAUGUGGUACCUUUUGGUUGAAAACGUCACAUUUAUGUACAGUAGGUAAGCAUCAAAAGUAGCGGAUCAGACUACGCAUCAAAAGUAUCUAUGUACCCAGUCUCAAACAAAAAGAUAUGUCGUUAUGCUAGUACAUAUUUAGAACAAUUAGACUGUAAUAUACCUAUACUUAUAAACGCGAUCUGUAGAGAUUUAUCUCUAUCUAUUUGUGACGUUUUCAACCAAAAGGUACCACAUUGUCGGUUGUCGAUAAGGUUCAUUUCUAAUUGAAGCUAUAUGGAAAUAGCGCCUUACUGAAAAGCGACAAUAAGUACCCUUUUGGUUGAAAAUGGCACUUUUAGAGCGUUGUUUCAUACGUUACUAUUGAUGUACUGUACACACACCGGUUUUGCUUUUUAAUUCUGGAACAUCGAAUGGAAGAAACAAUAUUGGGAAUAGAUCUCGAACAACUUUUUAAUGUUGCUUACUUAAACAUCUUUAUUAUUUAUUAUAAACACAAAAUUUUGUAUAAGUAGAUAAUCUUGCCAUGAUUUUUGUUAAAAACGUAAACAUCACAGUACUUAAAAUAGUAUUUUAGAUUUUUUUUAUGACUUGUUUUUGUCUAUUGUAUUUUGUUAAUAUCUCCACAGUGCACCCGUUUGACUUAGCAUUCGAUUUUUUUCAAAUGUAUAAGUAGGUAGAUUUUAGGUUUUAUUACCUAGUAUAAACCAGGUCACAUUGUUUAAAAUUGUGCCAAAACCCAAAAGUAUAUUAAAAAGUAAACUUUAAAAAUA